GCCAAGAGUCGCUUUGGUGACGUUGUGGUGGUKGGCAGGUGCUAUUAGCUUUGACGUCACUUCCGGAAAAUCUUGAUCGUGUCAUUACAUUCUUUGCAACCACAGUUGUUGAACGAAAUGGUUUGUGUUUAAAGAAAUUUCAUACAAAAAUAGGUCAUCUAACAAGCUCUGUUAUCUAAACUGUAGAGAUGUGACUUUAAUUUGGAUGGAGCUCUUACCAUGGCCUAGCGUGAUCGACCGUGUUUAUAAUUACGGCAAUUGGAAUUGUUUUGCAAUGAAGGAAUUUCCUCAUGACACGAGUUUCGUCAAGUGAGAACUACUGUGACAUUGAUUUGUCGGAUUUCUUAGUUACAUUAUGGACCAAAUACGAAAGUUGCUUCACGCUGCAGAGCAGGGGAAUGUUUGUAUGGCAUCAGAGCUAUUAGAUGGAGGUGUACAUGUGGACUCUACCGAUGAUGAAGGAGUGAGUGCUCUUCACACAGCGGCGGCCAACGGCCAUGACAACAUGGUACGAUUGUUACUCAGCAGAGGGGCCAGUUUUGAUGCUAGGAACUCUUAUGGAUGGACUCCCCUAAUGACUGCUGCGUGUUAUGGACAUGUAAAGAUUGUAGUAAUACUAAUACAAUACAAAGCCGAUAUUUUUGCUCAAAACGAUCUCGGCGCCACAGCUUUGGACUCCGCUGCACGAUCAGGCCACUUACAAGUUGUUGGUUUACUAAUAGAUGCUAGCAGUGAUUGCCAGUGGCAGUGUUUGUCUGAUAAUUGUCUUACAGCGUUACUUAAUGCAUGUCAUCAUGGCCAUGAGCAUGUAGUAAAACUAUUGCUAGAUAAAAGAACAGAUGUAAAUUAUAAAGACUCUAUAACUGGAUGGACUCCUUUGAUGUUCGCCUCGCUCAAUGGCCAUAUUAGCGUAGUGCAGUUGCUGUGUGAAUAUGGGGCAGACGCUGAUUCAAUGAACAUUCUUCAUCAAACUGCUCUUGAUAUUGCUGCAAGAAGACAAAGAACGGAUGUUGCAGCUUAUUUAGACCGAAAGACCACGAAAAGGCCUCAACUCACAGGCCAAAAGACAUUACGACCAAGUAUAAUUGAAGCAGCUAGAAGUGGUGACUUACAAGGUGUACGUGAACUGCUGGAAAUAGAUGAAACUGAGGUCAACACUGCAGAUGAAGAUGGUGCAACUUCAUUAAUGUUUGCUGCAAUGUGUGGUCAUCAUAAUGUAGCGGAACUUCUACUAGACAAAGGUGCUGAUAUUGAUAGUCAAGAUAGAAUUAGUGGAUGGACAGCUCUGAUGCAAGCUACAUAUUACAGUCACAAGCAUAUUGUUAAGCUACUGCUGGACCAUUCUGCUGAUGUCAAUGUAAGAGCUGAGGAGGGUUAUACAGCAUUUGAUAUGGCAACAAUAAUAGGGGAUACUGAGAUAGUAAGACUUCUUGCAUCAGUAACAAUGCAGUUGCCUGGAAACCAUAAGAAUGGUAAUGGUCGAUUGAUUUCAUGGUCAGAUAAUAUGUCUAAGAAUGAACCUAUUGGAACUUCAUCAAGAGAUUUUUCUAGCAAAGAAAUUGCCAAGUGUGAAGUACAGGAUAUCGGCAAGAGUGGAUUGAGGACCUGGUGGUCAAAAAUGUCAAGUAGAUUGAAGAAUUUAACUUUAAUUCGCACAAUAAGAGUUUCAUCAGUCGAUAUUGAUAACAAGAAGAGCAUAGCCAAAGACUUCAGCUCUAAUUCCAGCACAAGUGCUACUGAAGACCUGCUUCAAAGUUCAGGUUCGGCCAAGUCUUUAGUUUCUGUUGUGGAUUCAGCUUUAAAGGCUGGGGGCCAUCACAGCAAAAGGUCCAAGACACUGCCAUUAGGGUCACCAGUGUCAAGGUUACCAGAUGAUGUAAUCAGUCCUGUUGUGCCUCCAUCCAUGCCAACACCAUCAUUUGAAUUAACACAAAUAAAAGUAGAACAUGGUGAAGAUGAAGACACUGUUCCCCGCUUGGUUCCUAGUCUGUGUGUCAAUGGGCGGUACAUACCAGACCCUCCUACAUCAGUUACAGAUAUCCUGGAUAACAUUAGCAGUGUAAGUGGUUAUUCAGCAUAUCAUCGCAGUAUGGUGGGUAUUAAUGGGAGCCCAGAGUCAUCCUUCUCCACUGGCAGCCAUUUUUCAUCAAACACCUCAGGCAGCAGGACAUUGAAGGCAGCAAGCCCUUCAUCAGAUAUUCCAGGAAAAACAUUGGUAACACUCCGCAACAAACCAGCAACAAGACCUAUGCAGAGCCCAUCACCAACAUUGAUAUCAGUGAAAUCAGCAGCAUCUGCACCAACCAGACUUCAUCCUUCUCUUUUGAAUAAGUCUUCAAAACACAUGUCAGGGUCAAGAAGUGAUGAUGGUAUUUCUUGUAGAACACACAGAAGAAUAUCAGAAAACACUGAAAAAGAUGAAGUUGCUGAUAUUUUGAAGAAAUUAUCACUUGAAAAAUACAAUUCUAUGUUUGAGGAACAGGAGGUGGACAUGGAAGCCUUUCUUACUUUAAAUGAGGUUGAUCUGAAGUUUCUUGGUGUAACUCACAAAGAUGCCAGACAACAGAUACUAUCAGCCAUUAAGGAGCUGAAUGUAGGAAAGGACAGGGAGAGACAACAAUUCAAGGAGUCUAUAUCAGAGGGCAACCACAGCAAAUCUCCACUAACUAGUGGAUAUGGAUCAGCCUCUCCUUCGUCAAGUACAAACUUCUCAAGAUGGGCUGUUAAUUCUGGAUUUAAGCCUUCCAGAUAACACAAUUUGGUUCACAUUCAUUGAUAUAUACUAUAUGACACAGUCAUAUAAUAUAAUUGAAAAAACUAAUUGUAAACAACAUUAUUUUCUGUCCUAUCAAUAAUGUCAAAAAGAUUCUGCAAAGCAUUGUCAGGUUUUUACAAUUUAAUUGAUACACUGUAAAUUUAAAAAUUACGCUUUUAAUUCUAAAUAAUAUUUGAUAACAUGUAAAAACACAGUCAUAUUAGUGCGAGAUACUAUUCUUAUGAGAAAUCACUAUAGUGACACUGGGUGAAGCCUGGAGGUUGAUCAUUCUAAUUGCAUUCAACUCUUGGGUCUAUAAUGGAAAACCCAUUGAAAGUACAAUUAAUGUAUUAUCUUAUUAGAAUGAUAUGCAUUGCAGAUCAAACUAAAGAAAAUAUUAUAUUCGUCUCUAUCAUUUCAAUUUUUAAAUGUUUUACUAAAAUUGCAAAAAUUCAAAAAGACAAAUCAAACUAAUGUCUUACUAUUCUAAGAAAUAUUAUAUAUAUAUUAAACAUUAACAAGUGUAUAGAAUUAGGCUAUUGUCAAGCCAAGGAGAGUAAAUUAUUUUUCAGACCUUUUGAUACAUAAGUCUAAUAAUAGGCUCCUCCACAUCAUUUCAUGCUCCACCUUGAAAGGUUGCCCUGCAUCAAAGUGAGGUGGUGAUUGCCCACUUUGAUGCAAAGACAGAGCUGCACCUUUCAGGAUGGCUCAAGGAACCAAGAAGGAUAAUAUUAUAUUCCUGCAUUACAUUUUAUAAAAAAUCACUUAAUAAUUGUUAAUAAUUAUUGCUCAAAAAUCAUUUAUUUAUUAUUAAAAUAUAUCUGAGCUUGUGAGGAUUUAUCAUCCA